AUCAUUAAAGUUUACCCCAUAUUUAGUAUACGACAGCUAAUAAAAUGGCUGAAGAUAUAAUACGAACACGAUUACAAGAGUAUCUCGAACUCAUUGAAUUGAGUCAUUGGGAUGCAUGUAUCAAUAGCACUAGUGCAGCUAAAAAGAAAUGUUUACAAGCGGUAAAGAUACUAAAUGAAAUAUCUAAGCUCGAACAAGUAGAUGCACAGACUAGAACUUACAUAAUUCAAUUAUCUAAAUUUUCACUAGCAUUAUAUGACAAGUUAAAUGAUAAAGCAGCGUCCUUUUCAUAUUCAGAAAAAUUAGAAUGGAUGGGAUCUAAAUUAAGUUCUGAAUUAUUCAGUUAUCCCAUCAUUAACUUUGGUAAUGACUUAACUUCAUCAAACUCAAUAUUCAUUCCAUCUACACCAUUUAAUGAUACAACUCCUCAAAUCCAUCAAUUACCGUUGAAUACUGAAUUUGAGAAAGUAGAUGUAUGUGAUUGGUCUGCAGAUUUAAAUGAUUUAUCAACCUUGUAUCAAGAUCUACUUGAUAAUUGUUCAUUUGUAUCUUCACUUUUGUCUAUAGUAAGUAUUCCAUGUCUGUUGGAUAAAUUGAUACAAAUAAUAUCACCGAGACAGAAGAAUGAAAAAUUUAAGGUAAGUUUAGCAUUCAAUGGUUCCUUACGAUUAGUUACAGUCGAUAAUAAGUUACCAAAGGCUUAUAUGAAUAGGAAUUUGAUAGUAACUUCUUCUGAUAAUACUGAUCUCUUAUGGCCUGCAUUAAUAGAGAAAGCAUAUUUGAAAGUAAUGGGUGAUGGAUAUAAAUUCAGUGGUUCCAAUAUGGCAAUUGAUACUUUCAUGUUGACUAGGUGGAUUCCGGAGAUUAUGCCCAUUAGACAUGGUAUCUUACCAAUGGAUUUGAAAGAAUUAUGGAAAUUCAGAAUUGAGAAUAAAGUGUUGUUGGGAGUCGGCACUGGGAAUUUAAGUAAAAAAUUAUCAUCACAAUUGAAGUUAAUUCCUGGCCAUGAUUAUGUUGUUCAUUCAAUUGACGAAGAUGGAUCUAUAGUCGUUAAGAAUCCAUGGAUAGAGAAUAAUGAUGAAGAUAAACGAUUCUUGAAAAUUAGCGACUUAAACCAUUUCAGUUACUUAUAUUGUAAUUGGAAAAUUGAUGAUAAAUUACCACUUAAUGAAAAGGUACAUUUCAUAUAUAACAAUACCUCACCAUUCUUAUUUAGUAAGCCUCAAUUUUCAUUCUAUAAUUCUUCUGAUCAAGUACAGGAAUCAUGGAUAUUCUUGGAACGUCAUCUUCCAAUUACAAAGGAAGUGAAUCUAUUGAAUGUUUCAGUUUAUGAAACUGUUAAUGGGAAUAAAGUUCUAUAUCCAAAUCAGUAUAAAUGUGUAAAUCCAAGUAACACUGAAACUAAUAAUAGAAUGAAAUUAGUUAAAUUAAAACUAGCUCCAAAAACAUAUUAUACUGUUGUAAUUACUAGUUCUAAGAAUUCAACCUUUACCAUCAGUUUAUUAAAUAAUUAUAAGGCAUUGAAAUUAACUAAGGCGAAAUAUCUUUAUCAAAGUCUUUUGCCUUUAAUCGAUGGUGAAUGGAAUCUGACUAAUAGUGGAGGUAAUUGGUCAUUAUCAUCAUACAUCACUAAUCCACAAUACUCUAUCGAAGUUCUCAACCCAACCGAUAUGAUAAUAUCUAUAUUUUCAAAUAUAAAGGAUGAUGCAAUAAACUUUCACCUUUUCCAUGCUGAGAAACAAUUCCAAACUCUCCCCUUAAGAUGCUUUGAUAAAUCAAAAUUAUUAUUUAAUGAACAUUAUAGUGAAGGAUAUCAAGCUUAUAUUUUUAAGAAUUUGAGACCGGGAUUCUACAAGUUAGUUGUUUCAACCUAUGAUUUUGGAACUCUUGGUGAUUUUAAGAUCCUUUUAAAUCAUAAUGACGCUAACUUAGAGAAUGUGAAAGUUGAAAAGAUAUUUCCUGCUUUAAAUCUAUUUAAUGAAAAGAGAAAGAUAAGUUGGGAAGGAUCAAAUAGGUUCAAAGUGAGAUUUCAAUUAUCUUCAUUUAAAUCAAACGUAACUAUUCAUUUGAAACAUCUACAUGAUGAGGUUAGCCAAUAUGAUCUGAUUCAGACUUAUCGUCCAGCUAUAAGAGGUUCAAUAUUCGAUGCUCAUAAUUCGCAGCCAAUUCAGAUAAAUGAACAGUGGAGCGAUUCCUUAUAUGGGGUAUAUAUAGAUUGUAUGAUAGAAAGACCAGGAGAGUAUAUACUUUUGGUAGAAAGAUUUGAAGUUGGUCAAGGUUUAUGUAUAGUUGAAAUUGGCUCAGAUAAGAAAGUAUCAAUUGUAUAGGGGAAUUAUAUAGACACAAUGUAAAGAGAAUUUAAUCAUAAAUAUGGUGCAAAAAUAAACAAUAAUUGCAAUAAUUACAA